AUGAUUAACGCAGCCUCAUCACUUCCUGCAUUCGCUGAGGAUGCAAAACCCAUCACUCGGAACACUGCAAACUUUCAUCCUUCCGUUUGGGGGGAAUACUUCCUUCACAAUCAUCUUACUUCUGCUGCGGGGUUACAACCAGCGGAAGAAGAUAAUCACGUCAAUGAAGCUCAACUAUUGAAAGAAGGCGUGAGGAAAAUGCUUGCCUCUCCUAUUGAUAACAAUCUCUCAUUUAAAUUACGCUUUAUCGACUCAGUUCAACGUUUGGGUGUUUCUUACCAUUUCGAACACGAAAUUGAGGAAGCACUGCACCAGAUUCAUGACAUUUCAACAAAGGAUGAUAAUAUUAUAACUGAAGAGGAUGAUCUUUGUCAUGUGGCUUUACUAUUUCGGUUGCUAAGACAGCAAGGAUAUCGCAUUUUAUCAAGUAUUUUCUACAAAUUCAAAGACCAAACCGGAAAAUUCAACGAAAGGGUGGGCAGUGAUAUACAAGGAAUGUUGAGCUUAUAUGAAUCAGCCCAACUAAGAUUUCAUGGAGAGGAAAUACUUGAAGAAGCACAUAAUUUCACUGUUAUUCAGUUAACUAAGUCCCUAAAUACCCAACUAAAGCCUUCUCUUGCUGCACAAGUGAAGCAUAGCCUAAAACGAUCACUUCGCAAAGGAUUACCUAGAUUGGAGGCAACAUAUUAUAUGUCUUUCUACCAAGAAGACCCUUUUCAUGAUGAAAACUUGCUAAAGUUUGCAAAACUAGAUUUUAAUAUGUUGCAAGAGUUACAUCAGAAAGAAGUCAGCAACGCAACCAGGUGGUGGAUUGAGGAUUUAAAUCUCUCAGCAAACUUGCCAUUUGCACGAGAUAGGAUUGUAGAAUGUUACUUUUGGAUUUUAGGGAUUUACUCCGAGCCACAAUAUUCUGUUGCUAGAAGGAUGAUAACAAAAGUAAUUGCUCUAUGCUCUGUCAUUGAUGAUAUGUAUGAUGCCUAUGGAACCAUUGACGAGCUUCAGCUUUUUACCAAUGCAAUCGAGAGGUGGGAUGUUUGCUGCUUAGUUGAUCUUCCAGAAUACAUGAAAAUAUGUUUUACGGCAAUUUUGGAUGUUUUUGAAGAAAUGAAGCAAGAAAUGGGAGAGAAAGGAAAAGAAUAUCGCAUCAACUAUGCUAAGAAAGCAAUGAAAAGUUUUGUCAAGUCUCACAUGAAUGAAGCAAGAUGGCUUGAUUGCGAUCAUACACCAACAAUAGAGGAGUACAUGCAAGUUAGAAUGGUAACAAGUGGUUACCCUGCACUGAUUACCAUAUGUUUUGCUGGCAUGGAAGAUAUAACAGAAGAGGUCCUUCUAUGGACAGCGAGGGACCCAAAAGUUAUUUUAGCUUCUUCAAUUAUUAGUAGGAUUAUGGAUGACAUUGUUGGAGAUGAGUUUGAGCAGGAGAGAGGACACAUUGCUUCAAGUAUUGAAUGCUUUAUGAAGCAGCAUAAUACUUCAAGAGAAAAUGCCAUUAGUGAACUACGUGAGAUGGUUGAUAGUGCUUGGAAGGAUAUCAAUGAUGCAUGCUAA